CUUAUACUAUACUUACUGAUCUUACAAAAUCCUUAACAUUAUCAACAUCUAUUCCUUGGACUUGUGGAGUAAUUUGGGAAUUAGUGAUUGAACAAGUUCUUGCUUUAAUUAUAAUAGUUGAUCAGUAUACAAAUUUUUUGAAAAAAACCAAUGAUUGUAUGCAUGAAAUUUAUUAUAGUGAUCUACCAGCUAGAGAUCCUAGUAUAAAUCUAGAAGUAUAUACUAUUGAUGCUGAUUCUAAUGAUAUAAUUAAAGAAAUUUAUGAAGA